UGUUUCGUUGGAAUUUUUCUUUUUAUUAUUCUCUCUUUCUCUCUCCUCCCCAACCUCUUUUAAUUCUCCCUUUUCGUCUGGAUUCCAAUCUCUUCAUCUCUGUCGUUCUCGUUUCCUUUGGAUUUUCGAGCUCGUAUCCGUGAGGAACGAAGAAUAUGCAGUAAGAUUUCUCUUCUUGCCCUCUUCCCUAGGGUUAGGGUUCUGGAUUUGGUCUCUGACGGCUCCCGGAAUCUCCUGUACUGCCAGAAAUUAGGGUCUGCUGACGGGGAUUUUGGAUUAGCGUUGGUUUGGGAUCUGAGGAGGGGUGAGGACGUGGAAAUUUGAAGAUCUGGAGGUGGUGAUUCUGGUGGGAUUGUAGAAUUUGAGAUUUCUUUUCUUGUAAACUGGUCGGAGGAGUGAGAUUUUAGUGGAAAAAAUCUUUUUGACCGGAGCUUGUGGUGAUUUCAUGCUUCGUUGGGCCGUUUACCAUCUCCUGGCUCGGAACGUGUGAUCACUGAGGGGUCCUCUGCGUAUGCUGUGGAGGAUCCCGUUGCAGGAAGAAGCUUAAAUUAAGGUUAGGGUUUCUUUUUUUCUUUUUUGUUGGUGUUGUGUUCUUGGUGCAGUGGGACAUGCUCUCCUCUUCCCACGACUUCCAUGAGAUUUUGUGGCGAAGGGAAAUAUUGAAGGUCGUUAUUUAAGUGAAGGCUAGAGAUUGCACUCUUGGGUUGGAGUUGGAAGUAACCUAAGAAAGUUAUUAGGAAUCUUUUUUGGGGUAGUUCUCUGGAAGGAUUUGAAGAAAAAUGUUUUCUUCGGGGAUGGAUCCACCGCAAGAGCCCAGUGGACUUGCAGGUAUUACGCUAGUUCCGACACGGUUUGUGUGGCCGUAUGGUGGGAAAAGGGUUUUCCUAACUGGGUCUUUCACAAGGUGGUCUGAACAUUUACCAAUGUCCCCAGUAGAGGGCUGUCCUACGGUAUUUCAGGCUAUUUGCAGUUUGACACCUGGUUUGCAUGAGUACAAAUUCUAUGUUGAUGGAGAAUGGCGGCAUGAUGAAAGGCAACCUUGUGCGACAGGGAGCUAUGGGAUAGUGAACACUUUGUUCUUGACCAGGGCGCCUGAUCCUGUACCUGCAAUAUUGAGCCCAGGAACACCUGGCAGCAGAAUGAACAUGGAUGUAGACAAUGAGGCCUUUCAGCAUGUGGUGACAUUGUCAGAUGGUGCCCUGCAGGAGGCAACUCAUAGGAUUUCAGAGACUGAUAUACAGAUUUCGCGCCAUCGCAUUUCUUUAUUCUUGUCUACGCAUACUGCUUAUGAUUUGCUUCCGGAGUCAGGCAAGGUCAUUGCUCUUGAUGUUAAUUUGCCUGUGAAGCAAGCUUUUCAUAUCCUCUAUGAACAGGGAAUUCCUGUGGCUCCUCUGUGGGACUUCUACCGGGGUCAAUUUGUUGGCGUACUCAGUGCAUUGGAUUUCAUAUUAAUUCUAAGAGAGCUUGGAAGUCAUGGUUCAAAUCUAACAGAGGAAGAGCUAGAAACUCAUACAAUAUCUGCUUGGAAAGAGGGAAAACAACUACUUGAUAGGCAAAUGGAUGGACAUGCGAGACCAUGUGAACGGCAUCUGAUACAUGCUGGUCCUUACGACUCCUUGAAAGAUGUAGCGUUAAAGAUUUUGCAAAAUGAAGUAGCUACCGUUCCAAUCAUCCAUUCAUCAUCACAGGAUGGAUCAUUUCCACAAUUGUUGCAUCUGGCUUCUCUUUCUGGAAUUCUAAAAUGCAUCUGCAGGCACUUUAAAUACUCUUCUAGUUCUUUGCCUGUUCUACAACUACCAGUUUGCACAAUUCCCUUGGGUACGUGGGUUCCAAAAAUUGGCGAUCCAAAUGGCCGUCCACUAGAAAUGUUGAGACCGAAUGCAUCGCUAAGCUCUGCCCUCUCUUUGUUGGUUAAAGCCCGAGUUAGUUCAAUACCUAUAGUUGAUGACAAUGACUCAUUGCUGGACACAUAUUCGAGAAGUGACAUCACGGCUUUGGCUAAAGACAGAGCUUAUGCAUAUAUUCGCCUUGAAGAAAUGAGUGUUCAUCAGGCACUGCAACUUGGGCAAGAUGCAAAUUCUCCAUACGGAAUUUUCAAUGGGCAGAGAUGCCAGAUGUGUCUCCGCUCCGAUCCUCUGCAGAAAGUGAUGGAGCGAUUGGCAAAUCCUGGAGUGCGGCGUGUCGUUAUUGUCGAGGCUGGAAGCAAGCGUGUUGAAGGCAUAAUUUCAUUAAGUGAUGUAUUCAGGUUUCUGCUGGGUUAGCCUGAAGCAUCAACACCUGCUUGUAUGCAAUUUAGGCUACUGGCAGAACCGUUUCACUUUUUCUGUGAACAGGUUGUCAGCCUACCUUCUUUGGCUGAAGGUGUCAUAUGUGAUGUUUUUCAUCAAUAGCCUGUUCUUUUCUAAGAUCGAAUGCCCACCAGGGGUAUGUAAAUUUUAGGAUUUUUUUUCUUUUUAAUUCUUUUUGUCCCAUUUAAUACCCUGAUCUCCUGAUUGUUAUUAUUGAGAUUGUCCUGA